CCCGCGCACUGCGGAGAAUCCGUGCACGGCAAUAGCAGCCAGAUAAUAACAAUAUUAUUAGAGCCUGGAACCAAUAUAUUAUAGACACAUUUAAAAAAAAAAAAAAAACCAACCAAACAACAAAACCAACCAACAACAACCAAACCAAACCAAACCAAAACAAAAAAAAAGCCAAAACCAAAACCCACCAUGUCGGUUGCCUUUGCUUCUGCUCGCCCAAGAGGCAAAGGGGAGGUCACCCAGCAAACUAUCCAGAAGAUGCUAGAUGAAAAUCACCACCUAAUACAGUGUAUUAUGGAUUAUCAGAGCAAGGGGAAAACUGCAGAAUGUACUCAAUACCAGCAAAUCCUGCACAGAAACCUGGUUUACUUGGCAACAAUAGCAGAUUCUAACCAGAAUAUGCAGUCCUUGCUUCCUGCUCCACCAACGCAAAACAUAAACUUGGGCCCAGGAGGAAUGACUCAGAGUGCAUCCAACCAAUCUCUCCAUUCACAGAGCAACCUCAGCGACGCGAUUGGGACGGGCCUUCCUCCUUCCUCCCUCAUGCAGAGCCAGAUUAGCAAUGGUCCUAACCACGUGUCUAUGCAGCAGUCAGGCCAGAACACUAUGCCCACGACCUCUCUGAGUAUGACUGUCAGCAGCCACGGAACUGGGCCUGGCUAUAGCCAUACAGUGCCUGCAUCUCAGAAUGUGCCGAUGCAAGGCCAGGGCUCCAUCGGCAGUUACGUCUCUCGAACAAACAUCAACAUGCAGUCUAAUCCAGUCUCCAUGAUGCACCAGCAAGCAGCAACAUCACACUACAACUCAGCACAAGGAGGGAGCCAGCACUACCAGGGACAGACCUCCAUUGCCAUGAUGAGUCAGAGCAACCAAGGCAACAGCAUGAUGGGCCAGCGGCCCAUGGGCCCCUACAGAGCUUCACAGCAAGGUUCCUCGCAGCAGUACAUGGGUCAGGAGGAAUAUUACAGUGAACAGUACAGCCAUGGCCAAGGCUCCUCAGAACCUAUGAAUCAGCAAUACUAUCCAGAUGGACAUGGUGAUUAUGCCUAUCAGCAGUCAUCCUAUACUGAGCAGAGCUAUGACAGGUCAUUUGAUGAUUCUACACAACACUAUUAUGAAGGAGGCAAUUCUCAGUACAGCCAGCAGCAGGCAGGCUACCAACAGGGAGCUGCACAACAGCAAACAUACUCCCAGCAGCAAUACCCUAACCAACAAAGUUACCCGGGACAGCAGCAAGGAUACGGUCCCGCACAAGGAGCCUCUUCACAGUAUUCCAGCUACCAACAAGGACAGGGGCAGCAAUAUGGGAGUUACAGAGCUUCUCAGACAGGUCCAUCCGCUCAGCAGCAGAGGCCUUAUGGCUAUGAGCAGGGACAAUAUGGAAAUUACCAGCAAUAAAAGGAUACGAUCCCGUGCCAGAUUCAUUUCAAUAGUAUCUUCAUCUUUUGAACUGGGUGUACAGGCAGUUUUGAUUAAUUGUAAUAUGUUGGUUACCCCGUAGCACAAAGCAGCGUCUGUAUGUGAACAGUGUUCAUUUCAUGCUGGGUAUGAAGCAGUGCACUACUGGUAACAAGACAAUGCUUUAAUGGUUUGAUAUUUGGUGCUGUGUAUAGUACUGUACGUUGAUACAAUGCAGAAGUUUUUCAUUUGCCCCCUUCUUCCCCUCCUUGCCCCAUUCUUGGUGUUUCUAAAUAGCUUUAGUAUUGUUUGAUCACAGUCGUGCCCCGUUCUGGAAAGCAGCCAGGGUUGUUCUGCAGUCUGGCUCCAUACAAAGCCACCCAGGAAUAUCUCAGUCCAGGGCAGUAUCCUGUGGUAGGUUAUUGAUCUUUUUUUUAACUGAAUGCAUUGAAGAUUAUCUGCCAGCCUCUGAAAUCCAUGAGUCUUAACCUUCCUUCUUAGGAAUAAGGGGAUGGAUACACGUGAGUAGAUUCCUUUUGUGAAGACAGCUCUUUACUAUAUGUUAAAAAUACAAUUAACUGCAACCUCUGCAAUACCUGCCAGGGCUACCUACCCAAGUCUUAUCAUUCAAUAACCUGAGUAAGUGCACAUUUUUGUUUUAAAAGGUACAGAAAGAGGAUCUCAAGCUGUAUUUCAAGGAAAUGAUAAUCACUAGAGGCACCUUUGAUAUAACCAUGUAAAUGAAGGUAUUUCUAUCGUGGAAAGAAAAAUAGAAGGGAGCUGUGAGAUCUGCCUGCUAGAUGUCAAUAUUGCUUCAUGUUGUGCUUAGCUGAGGAAAACACCUGGCAACACUCCAGUCUUAAAUACACUACUCCAAAUUUUAUAGCUCCCAUUAUACAUUUUCAUGCCAAAUUUCACAAGCAGGUGGCUGGCAUCCUGCUUUAUUUCUGAUUCUGCCAUUGCCCUUGCUCAGAUUUCCCAGCGAGUAUUAUAACCAUAAAUAUUGUCAGUGUUUUUGGUCUGUUGUUCUUACAGCUCAUCAUCACUUUUAUUUUUUCUCUUUCAGCUUGACUGAAAUAGUUCAGAAGUAAAAGGGAAAAAAACCCACACCAUCUUGAUUGCAGAUAAGCAACUAAAUUAAGUUUUAAUUGUGAAACAAUAUUAUGCAUAUAGAGAGGGAAAAUAUUAAUAGAGUCAGCCAGUGAGAGAAUACCUGUAGAGAAAGAAUUUAGGAAUAAAAAAUAGUGGAAUGUGAAAGUCAGUAUGAACAAUGUAAGUCACUUCUAUUCAGUUUCUCAUGUUCUUAUAAAAUGUUGAAAAAAAAGCACUUAUAAAGUGCUUAUGUAAGUGCUGAACAAAAUACUACGUCCAAAUUUCUCUGAGGCAAAAGGUUAGGAUGACUAUUCUCUGUGGGCAUUUUUUUAAUACAAGAUUAACUGCAAAAUUAUUAUAUAAAAUAAAUAUACCCUCUGUAGGAUUUUCUCCUUUUCUUUGACUGAACUGGUGUAUUUAUGGGACUUCAAGUUCUAGUAGUUUAUAUUUUGAAAAAAAUAAGACCAGGAGGAAAAUAAAAGAUUUCUCAGUUCAUUACUUUUUUUCCUGUAAAGUCUUUACUGGACAACUAGAGUUUACUAUUAAAUGUUGUCCAAGCACUGCCCUUGCUACAUUAAUAAUUUAAAUUACGAUAAAAUAGAAGACAUUUUUUAGUCAGUUCUUAUUCUUCUCAUCUUUCCUGCUGGUGUUUUCAUACAAAGAAAAGUACUCUCAGAUAGUAAGGAACAGAAAGGAAGUAAGAUUGCUUUCUCUACAAUGUAUUAAUAUUACAGGUAGCCAGAAGAAUGCAAUAUUGCUCUUUGCCAGCUUGGAAAUAUGCCUUUUAUGUGGUUUUUGAAAGUGCUGAAAUCCUUCUGAGAGACUAUGAACAACGCUUGAACUGAAACAGCAACAUUACAUCAAUCUGAAAUGUCUUACAUUAAGAACUUCUUGAAUGUUGUGUACAUAAUGUAUUUGAAAGAGCACUUUGGAAAUAGUUUGUACAUUUGUUUCCUAAUUUAUACAUGAUUUUUUUUUUUGUGUUACUAUUUCUAAUUGUUAAUAACAAAAUGUUUAUUUAAUGUGUUGUCCAUUUUUAUGUACCAAUGUGGAAACAAAGUGAUGCCAGCAUUUUGACUUCUUCCAUUAAUUGUAUCGUUUUCUGUUUUGUAAUUCAGAAUGCUUGGAAAUUG